CCUCAGUCACAUGGGCAGCUCGGCGCUCUCGAUUUCUCUUGACACUGAGGUGGCCGCAAUUAGGCUGAGUCGGAAUAUUAGGAAAUGAAAGACACAAUUCUCCACUGGCGGGGUGAUGACCUAGCCGGUCUUUUCCAUCCCUGGCGCCUCUGAUUCAUAAAUAACCCGAGAAGCUGCCUUUAAGCUUUAGACGUGGCCCGGAGGAGCUUGUGACACGGUUCCUAUUGGAAAAUCACAAACGGGCUCUUAGCUUUAAUGUGUUUUCCAGCAGCCAUCAAUCCUUAUACAAUCGCUUUGCACAUUUCUCUCACGCAAAGUUCCGGCUUCCAUCUGCCUGGCAAAGUAACGAGCGCGGCAAAACGAGCCGAUGAUUGCCUGUGUGGAGAGAACAUAUAUUUGGGGAAGCGCGGGCGAGGAUGCGCUGGGAGGCUCGGACAGAUAAGCUUCCUAUAGGCUCGGUAGCUUAUGCCGCCUAAGCAGCGGGCCUGAUAAGGCACAAGUGCUUUGCUCUAGACACCCUCCGCACUUCUCUCAAGGAUCUCGCCAGUGUCUGGCCAGAGACCGCAUUUCUGCCAACUUGGCUCUGCGUGAGCGCUCCUCCAUCCGGCACCGAGACUGUUCUUUUCUGCCUGUAGCGUUUCUAGGAGGGAGGGGGCUCAAACCAGUGCUUCAGACCUUCCCGGCUCAGACUGAGCCGGCCGAAUCAUGUGAUGAGCCCAAAGCAUACGACUCCUUUCUCAGUGUCUGACAUCUUGAGCCCCUUGGAGGAAAGCUACAAGAAAGUGAGCAUGGAGGGCAGCAACUUGGGGGCUCCUCUGGCAGCCUACAGGCAGUCGCAAGUGGCUCAGCCGGCCAUGCAGCAGCACCCCAUGGGCCACAACGGGACGGUCACCGCCGCCUACCACAUGACAGCCGCCGGCGUCCCUCAGCUCUCCCACACCGCCAUGGGGGGCUACUGUAACGGCAACAUGGGCGACCUGCCGCCCUAUCAGGACACCAUGAGGAACAGCGCUUCGGCCACCGGAUGGUAUGGGCCCAACCCGGACCCCCGCUUCUCCACAAUCUCCCGCUUCAUGGGGCCGUUCGGGAUGAACAUGGGCGGCAUGGGCAGCUGGGCUCGCUGAGCGGACGUGAGCAAGAGCAUGGCCCCGCUGCAGAGCACCCCUCGGCGGAAGCGCCGCGUCCUCUUCUCGCGCCAGGUGUACGAGCUGGAGCGGCGCUUCAAGCAGCAGAAGUACCUGUCGGCGCCCGAGCGAGAGCACCUGGCCAGCAAUCACCUGACGCCCACCCAGGUCAAGAUCUGGUUCCAGAACCGCUACAAGAUGAAGCGGCAGGCCAAGGACAAGGCGGCCCAGCAGCAGAUGCAGCAGGAGGGCGCCUCCUGCCAACAGCAGCAGCACAGACAGCAGUCGCCCCGCCGGGUGGCCGUGCCCGUGCUGGUCCAGGACGGCAAGCCCUGCCAGGCCGGCUCCAACACCCCCGCCGCCGCGGCCGCCGCCCUCCAGGGCCACCACCAGCAGCAGGCCGCCGCCACCGCCAUCACCGUGGCCACCAACGGCCCCAGCCUGGGACAGCAUCAGAGCCACCAGGCCAGCAGCGCCGGCCAGUCGCCGGACCUGGGCCAGCACGCCGGCAGCAGCCCCUCCGCCCUGCAGGGCCAGGUGUCCGCCUUGUCCCACCUGAACUCCUCCAGCUCUGACUAUGGGACGGCCAUGUCGUGCUCCACCUUGCUAUACGGCAGGACCUGGUGA